GCCCAAAUUCACAACGCCGUCCGUACAUCGGCCUAAACGCCACAACGGCAGCCAAAUAUCGGCGCAAGCAGUACGUCUGCCGACGAAUAGAUCGGUUCGAAGGCUGAGGCCACGCGCUUUCGACGCUGCAGCGCGCUGGCCCUUUAAACCACCAGGCAGCGCCGCACAAAGACGAUGCCCGGCAAAACUUUAAACGAGCGGGAACAGGCCGAGCUCAAGGAGGCCUUUGACUUGUUCGACCACGAGAAGUCCGGUAAAUUAAACAUUCAUGAAUUAAAAGUGUUGAUGCGCGCAUUGGGAUUCCAAGUAAAAAAGCGCGACGUGGUCAAGUGCAUCCACGACAUUGAGCCGCAGAACGAGGGCCACGUCGACUUCUCGCUGUACGCGCAGAUCAUGGCCGAGAAGUAUGCCUUAAGGGACCCGGAAGAGGAGAUCCUGAAGGCGUUCCAGUUGUUCGACCACGACGGCUCCGGGAAAAUUUCCCUCAAAAACAUGCGCCACGUCGCCGCGGAGCUCGGGGAGGACCUCGCGGACGAGGAGCUGCAGGCGAUGAUCGAAGAAUUUGAUAGGGAUCAGGACGGCGAGAUCAGCCAGGAGGAGUUCCUGACGAUCAUGCGGAGCGCCUAAGUUUUUACUG